CUCCUCUACGUAUUGGUUUCUCAGCGCAUAAUAAGUAGGCCGAAGCUCAAAGCUUUUUCCCAAGCAACAUACUCUAUCUAGUUGGUCACACAUGGAGGGAGCUACUAUCUGUUCCACAACAGAUUCCAUAGAAGAGGGUUUUGAUUUGACCCAAAUCUCUCUUCGACCCAUUAGUCUUGAUGAUCUUGAUGAUCUCAUGUUGUGGACCACUGAUGAAAAAGUUGCAAGGUAUUGCACUUGGGAACCUUACACUAGCAAAGAGGAUGGCAUCAACUUCAUCCAAAACAUAGCAGGGAAAUCUCUAUGGUUCAGAGCAAUUUGCCUCAAUAACCGUGCAAUUGGGUGUAUUGAUUUUUUCUCAUGUGAGGGCCAGCGUAGAAACAGGCACAAAUCUGUUGAACUUGGUUACGCUUUAGCCUCCAUAUACUGGGGAAAAGGGAUUGCAACACAUGCUGUGAAACAAGUGAUUAAAGUUGCAUUCAGCGAGUUUCCACACUUGGAGAGGCUUCAGGCUCUAGUUGAUGUGGAAAAUGUGGCUUCUCAGAAGGUGCUGGAGAAGGCUGGUUUUCAAAGGGAGGGUGUUCUCAGGAAGUAUGUGGUCAUUAAAGGAAAAAGUAGAGAUAUGGUUAUGUUCAGUGUUCUUUCCAACGAUCCUCUAAGUUGAUUUGUUUGAAGCAUGUCAACUUACUGGUCUGCCAUUUGGAAUGCACAGAUGACUUGAAUAUAUGAAUAGAUGCUACAAGCACAUUUGGCCAAUAAUACUCUUGUAGUUUACUUUGAAGAUUACAUGAUGUUUUUAUGUGUAAUGAAAUGUUUAAUUUAAUAAAAGAUAAAAAAGAAUUAAUUAAGGAUCA